AUGGCGACAGGAGUGGCAGCGUGGCUCCCUUUUGCCAGGGCGGCAGCCAUUGGCUGGAUGCCGGUUGCCAACUGCCCCAUGCCUGUUGCACCAAUGGCCAACAGCAAGAGAAAAGACGAGCUGAUAAUCCUCAAUGUCAGCGGCCAUCGCUUUCAGACCUGGAGAACCACUCUGGACCGCUACCCUGACACCCUGCUGGGCAGCUCUGAAAAAGACUUCUUUUACAAUGAGGAAAUCAAGGAGUACUUCUUCGACCGGGACCCCGACGCCUUCAGAAGCAUCCUCAACUUCUACCGGACGGGGAAGCUCCACUACCCCCGCCACCAGUGCAUCUCCGCCUACGACGAGGAGUUAAUCUUUUUCGGCAUCAUCCCUGAGAUCAUCGGCGACUGCUGCUACGAAGAGUACAAGGACAGAAAGCGGGAGAAUUUGGAGCGGCUUCAGGACGAUCAGGAGGAGAACAAGGACAUGAAGCUGCCUCACAUGAACUUCAGGGAGACCAUGUGGCGUGCCUUUGAGAACCCCCACACCUCCACCAUGGCACUGGUCUUCUACUAUGUCACUGGUUUCUUCAUCGCCAUUUCGGUCCUCACCAAUGUGGUGGAGACGGUGCCGUGCGGUUCCACCGCCAACCAGAAAGACAUGCCGUGUGGCGAACGCUACACGGUGGCGUUCUUCUGCAUGGACACCGCCUGCGUCAUGAUAUUCACAGUGGAGUACCUGUUGCGCCUGUUUGCCGCGCCGAGCCGCUACCGCUUCAUGCGCUCGGUGAUGAGCAUCAUCGACGUGGUGGCCAUCUUGCCGUACUACAUCGGCCUGGUGAUGAGCAACAACGAGGAUGUGAGCGGCGCCUUCGUGACGCUGCGCGUGUUUCGAGUGUUUCGCAUCUUCAAGUUCUCCCGUCACUCGCAGGGCCUGCGGAUCCUGGGCUAUACGCUCAAGAGUUGCGCUUCGGAGCUGGGCUUCCUCCUCUUCUCGCUCACCAUGGCCAUCAUCAUCUUCGCCACCGUCAUGUUCUACGCGGAGAAGGGCUCCAGCUCCAGCAAGUUCACCAGCAUCCCAGCUUCCUUCUGGUACACUAUUGUCACCAUGACAACGCUGGGGUACGGAGACAUGGUGCCAAAGACGAUCGCCGGGAAGAUCUUCGGCUCCAUCUGCUCCUUGAGUGGCGUGCUGGUGAUCGCUCUGCCGGUCCCAGUUAUCGUCUCUAACUUCAGUCGCAUCUACCACCAGAACCAGAGAUCAGACAAACGGCGUGCUCAGAAGAAAGCCAGACUGGCCAGGAUAAGAAUAUCCAAAUCCGGCAGCGCCAACGCAUUCCUCCACAGCAAACGCAACGGACUGCUCAACGAACUCCUGGAGCUGACGGAUACAGAAGAGGACGAGCAGAAGCUGACUAAGUCCACCUCUCUGUUGGAGAGCCAACACCACCACCUACUGAACUGUCUGGAGAAAACCACUGCCCACGCGUUUGUGGACGAGCAGAUGUACGAGCAGAACUGUUUAGAGACGGCGCUGCAGACCUACCCGUCACGUAGCCCCUCUCUAUCCAGCCACGACAGCUCUGUGGGUACCUGCUGUAGCCGCAGAGGAAAGAGAAACACUCCUCUGCCCUCCAGCCAUCCCGUCCCGACACACCAGGGGCCCCUGCAGGAGCUCAGCGCCAUCCACAUACAGUGUUGUGAUCGGCCGUCGCACACCGCCAGUCGUUCAAACCUCAACCGCAAAACCGAUGAAAGCGGCAGGCUCAACAGCAAAGGCAGCCGGAUCACCACAGCGAUCAUCAGCCUCCCGAGCCCCCCCGCCUUGACACCUGAUGCCGAUAGCCUCCGCAGGCCCCCGCAGAGGAGGCCGCCGCUAACCUUGGGUCACCCGGCAGCUCCAAGCAUCCAGACCACAACGAGCUCAGCUGGCACCAACAUCGUAAAAGUCUCUUCUCUGUGA